AUGCUCCUCCAUCCUGCCUACAGGAUCCUCGCUGCGGUUCUUCCGUUAGUCGCCAUAUGUUCGGCAAGUGGCUCAAACGAUACUUCGAAUGCUGCGCUGUGGAAUACGAUACCGGACUGCGCCAAAACAUGUGUUGGGAACUUCAUCGAGGGCCAGUAUACGUCGGAUGAAUGCUCGUCUGCAGAUGAUAUCAAGUGCCUGUGCCGGACAAAAACACAUAUUGGGCUUACCUUGGGAGAGGCUGCUCUAAGCUGCCUAUAUGCUCUAUGCUCGGAUAAGGAUAUCUCCAGCAAGGGGAAUAGUGUCUAUCAUGUCUGUGACUCGGUGUCUGGUGCUAUAAAAGAGACGCACGCUACAAUUACAGCGACGACGUUCGACCCUCCUAGCUCGGCUACGUCGACCGGCGAUGCAACGAUAACAAGUGCUACAACGGCAUCUGCAAGUACCUCGCAGACUCAACUUAGCUCAUCAAAAUCAACAUUGCCAACAUCUACGACAUCUCUAUCAUCUACAGGCGAUUCCACUAUCACUUUGCAAACGACAUCAUCAAGCUCCGGAGUCCCAGCUACUACCAGCACCGAAAGUAUCUCAACGACUUCUAGUAAUACUGCUACCUCGUCCCCGUCGGCUGAUGGAAGUUCAAACCAUCAUGUCAGUUCCGGCACAGUUAUCGGUGUCUCCGUCGCAUCAGGUGUGGCCGGUUCCUUCAUCAUUGGCGUGGCCGUAUUCUUCUGCUGCAAGCGAUGGAGGCAAAGGAACCGUUCACUCGGGUCAAAUUCAGAUCAUGACUUCGAAAUUGGAGGCACAAUGUCUGAGCCUCCAGGCUUUUCACGGCCGUCUUCGCGCCGUUCCUCGCCCUCUCCGGAACCAAACCCCCCGGGCCCAUCUUCAUUCGUUCACGGCACAGGCCGUCCAGAAGUUUCAGAGCUACCGUGUAGUCGCACACCCACCUCACAUAACCCACCCACCAGCGCUACGGUGAUGUUAGUUCCAAAUACAGAGCGAAUGCAAGAGCGGGUGCCAAUUGGAGUCGCUGUCAGCUCUGCAGAGGAUUGGCACAACUCACCUCGGACACUAUCUUCGCAACAUACACUUGCUGAACCAAUCUCCUCCCAAACAACUGGGCUAUAUCCCAAACCACUGAAAUGGAGCCAUCGACCCGACAGUGGAGAAACACUCUUUGAAGAAGACCAACUCCAACAACCUCAAGGCCCGCAUCGAAAUAUCUCGCAAGUAACCGAAUCCCCACGCGCAAUGACUGGGCUGCCGGCCAAUCCUCGCGCUCUGAAAAAUGGUUUCCCAGCCCAGAAAUACCUUCGACCUUCACCUCAACAACGGCUAAUACCAAGCCAGACGCCUUCACUAUCACCUAAACAAGCUAUUUAUAGCGGGGGAACACUCGGCCCAGCCAUCUCUACCACUGCCCUCCGUGGCUCUCCACCGUCAAAUUCCAGCAGUACUCCACAUAAUAGCUCAGGCUCUUCCCGCCGCAAUUCCGCAAACACCCUCCUCACAACACCCUUUAGCACAGGACAAGGCCGUAUCCUAAGCGACACGUCCCAUGGCAACCCAGGUCCUGGUCCUGCUCAAGCUCCAGCCCCUAGGCCAAGCCCGAGGCCAAGUCCAAGACAAACUACAAACACAACAGGCAGAUCAAUAUCAGGCCCGGGCCUAGCAACACCAACCCCACCAUCCAACGGCCUCGGUCUCUCCGCAGCAACAGAAAUCGUAUCCCAGCCACGCAUAGUUCGCCGAGAAGAUAUCAAGCGCGUACAGAUCCGCAGCAGUCCCCGUCCACCCAGCGAGGUCGUCGUUCCCUAUUGUCCAGAUGACUUCUGGCUCGAGAGAGGACGCAGCCAGGCUCCCGUGCCUACUGCCCCGGGUGGCCUCCCGUAUCCGUCAGAGGCGUUUCCGGGGGCCGUGUUGUAUCCGCGGAGUCCGCAGAGGAAGCCGCAGGAUAUGCAGAGGUUGUCCGCGACUGGGAGGAGUUUGACGCCUUCAAGGAGGGGGCAGGAUUUGAUACUAAGGGUUGAUUAG